AUGGAGGUCCUGGAGGAGAAGGAGGAAGAGGACCAAAGAGAAGAAGAAGGGCUGAAGGCUUUGGAGAUGACUGAUGACCUCCAGGACCUGGAGGGGAAGGUGUCUGUGGAGCAAGCCUGUGUGCCAAGCAAUGUACUUGAUUUUGACUGGAGUUCCAUUGACACAUCUCAGCUACCAUCCUCCUACAAGACCAAUUCCCUGAAGGAAAAGAAGCUGCUGCAGGUUGCUGCUCACUUCUUCCAGCAGUACACCCACCUCUGCCCCGACCGCAAGCCGCUCUUCCUGCACCCUCCCAACGAGUGUGGUGUGGAGAAGUUUGUGAGCACUACACUGAGGCCAACCCUGCUGCCUUACCCAGAGCUUUACCACUGGGAUGGCUGUGCCAGCUUUGUCUCUGAUUACCUCACCAUGGAGCCCCUCAAGUGCCCCAUCACACCGCCCAGUUCACUUUAUUCCCCAACCACCAUCCUGAAAUACCAGCGAGGGAACUGCUUUGACUUCAGUGUGCUGCUGUGCUCCAUGCUGAUUGGGGCUGGGUAUGAUGCCUACUGUGUGCAUGGCUAUGCCACCCAUGAGAUGUGCACCCUGGAUGAGAGCCUGGCGCUGUGCCCCCUGCUCAGGAAGCCACAGGAGGUACCAAAAGAGGGGAUGAAGAAGUCCAACAAGUAUAGAGUUAAGCCCCCACCAGACCUGCAGAGCAAGUUUGAGCUUCAACAGGAGGCCAAGAAGAAGGCAGAAACUGAAGCUGCUCAAAAGAGGAAGGAAACAGAAGAGCAGGUCAAGGGAGUGGAGAAGCCCAAGCGGGACCCUUUGCGUGGCUUACGGGUGCACGCCUGGGUUUUGGUUCUGGCUGGCAAGAGGGAGGUUCCUGAGGCCUUCUUCAUCAACCCCUUCACAGGCAACAGCCACAGCACCACAGAUGAGCACUUCCUUGGGAUUGAGAGUGUCUGGAACCACAGGAACUACUGGGUGAACAUGCAGGACUGCUGCAAUGGCUGCAAGGAUGUCAUCUUUGACUUGAGUGACCCCAUCCGCUGGGAAAUGAUGCUUUCAGCGAGCAACAAGCCCCUUCAGCUGCUCCCAGAUGCUGAGGAAGAGAAGGAGUUAUGUGACAGUGAGCUGGAUGAUGUGCAGGAAAAGCAGGAGGAAGACACGAGUUUUGACAUGCCACCAUCCUGGGUAGCCCCAGUGCACAUAUCUCCCAGAGAGUUUGAGACCCGCUGUUCCCAAGGGAAGAAGGUGAUCCUGUACAAGAAAGCCAGACUGGAGAAAUGGGCACCAUACCUGAAUGGCAACGGGCUGGUGAAACGCCUCACUGUCUAUGCAGACCCAGACUGUGCUGAAGUAGUGGAGGUGAAGGAAUGGUUCAAAAACCGAGAGGACAUGUUGGAUACAAGAGAAAUAAAUAAACAAACCCAACUGACCAGAGACUGCUUCAGCCCAGGACACCUCCUUGCUCUUAAAGCUCACACCUACACAAGGCUGGAACCAGAGGCUGACCACACAAUGGAGUUUUACCACGAGGCAAGAGUCGAUGGCCUCCAGAAACGUGUUGCAAAGGCUGAGGAGAUGACAGAGUGCUUCGUGGGACGGGAGGACUUCCUGCACCUCCGGCACGUCUGCUUCGGCAAGCGAGGAAAGCCAGUUCCCUUGGCUGGUGCCAGAGCUGACGUGAACAUAGUGCAAAUCAAGGAGUGUUUCCACAGAAACCUAGAAAAGCCAGCUGAUGAAGAUGUAGCAGAACGUAUCUUCCUGAUCUCAGAGGAGUCAAUCCAUCUGACAUACCACCUCAAGGACAAAUACAUUACUGCCUCAAAGAAGGAUUUCUUCAAAGUGGCAGAGAAUGAUAUGAAAGCAAAUGAAGCCAUCAUGACCCCAGAAAUGUGCAUCACAUACCAGGCAGGGUCAUCUGAGAGAGAUGAGAAGCUGCUCCAUCUGUACAAGUUGUUGCAGGAGCUAACAGAGGAAGAGAAGCAGCUGAAGCAACACAUCCAGCAAUCUGAAGCAGAGGUGUUACAGCUUUUGAAGACCCGUGAGAGUGAGGAAGCUGCUGUUACAUUGGGUGUUUCAGUUUAUGACACAGAGAGGAAUGGAAAGAGAAGACAAGAGGAUGAAGCCAUGAAGAAGAAAAUGGAGGAUGAACCCCUGGGACAAGAGGAACAGGAUCUGGAUUAUCUGGCACCUUUCCUUAUUCAAAUUGGCUACAGAGCCACAUUGACCAAGGGGCAGGCCCUGCGUGUCAGGGAUGACUGCCUCACCCAUCUGAAGCAGCAUUUUGUUGCUAAGGCCAACAUCAUCCAGGCUCGCUUGGAAAAGGCAGUGGAAGAGCUGCAGAAGAAGGACCAGUGGUUUCGGGAAAACCAGAAGGAGCUCAGUGCAGCAGAGGAGAAGGAUUACUUCACCCAUUGCUCUGAAACCAUGUUCCACAUCCGCAUUCUACAGCUGAGGCUCAACAGGGAGAAGCAGACAGCACCACAGAAGUACCUUGCUCUGGAGGAGAAGCUGUGCAAGGAUCCUCGGCUGGCCGAGCACCUCAGCCACACCUGAUCCAGCCACUGGGAGUUGGUGCUGAGGUCUGGGGAAGGCAGCCUGGAAACAAACAUGCAAAGGUUUUCCUACUUGCCUGCAGUAAAUGUUUCCUUAUCAUCAGCUUUUAAUGUA